AUGGGUCUUGAGAACGCAAGAGCGUCACUCGACGCAGCGGCGCACGGAGUGUCGCUGACAGCAAAAGCUGAUCAAGCUGCCGAGAAGUUGCACAUGCCUGAAGCUGAGGUCACUCAGCAUGUUUCUGGGACGGUCGAGACGGCCCAGGCCCGGCCACGGAGAGUCCUCGGCCUCAGCAUCUUCCCCUACAGCCAUCCCAGGAUUCAGGCAUGCAUGCUGGGCCUUGUCCUAUUUAUGACAGUGGGAAUGUACAACGUCUUAACAUUCCUGGGAGGCGCAGGGCAGCAGACGGCCUAUCUUUCCGAUAUCUCGAACAUCGCCUUGUACACGGUCUUCAGCUUUUUUUGCCUGAUCGCGCCGGCAUGUCUCAACUUCUUCGGGUUACGCCCGACCCUGUGUUUCGGUGGUCUCGGUUAUGCCGCAUAUGCCGCCAGCCUGUGGUGUUACAACUAUACCGGGAACGUGCCCUUCGUCGUCUUUGGCGGUUGCUGGUGUGGUCUGUCUGCGGCUUUUCUGUGGACCGCUGAAGGAGCGGGUCUCACCUCUUUCGCAUCAGAAGACAAAAAAGGACUGUACGUGUCCAUCGUCUGGUCUAUCUACCAGUUUGGCCUUGUUAUAGGCGCAGCUAUUCCGGUUGCCCAAAAUUGGAACGCUGGCGAUGGCAACGACAGCCGAGUGAACAACGGCACCUACAUUGGUCUCAUGGUUCUGAUGCUUACCGGUGCAUGCCUGGGAGCAGCAUUGUACCCAUGGCACAAGAUUGUCCGGGAGGACGGAUCCCGGGUCACGUUGGAGCGCCAAAAGACAUUCGUUGAAGAGGUACAUGCUUCCAUCCAGGUCAUCUCAAGGAAUCGAUGGAUAGUUUUCUUCUUUCCAAUGUGUUGGGCCGUCAACUUUUUCGGUGUGUAUCAAAACAACGACUUCAACGGCGUGGUGUUCACCGUCCGAGGUCGCGCUCUCAAUACCUUUCUAUCCGGCAUUGUCCAGGUCCUCGCACCCUGGGUCACGUACCUAUUUACAGAUAGGUUACCCAUGACACGCCGCAAACGAGCCUUUUGGUCCCUUGUCUAUGUCUUUCUGAUCAUCAACGCUAUCUGGAUUGGCGGCUACUGGGGCAUGAAAAAGACAAGAGCCGGCCUUGACGAGACGCAGCGAUUGGAUGUGUUUGACCAUAACUAUGGAUGGUGGUGUCUCCUCUUCACGAUGUAUGGCUUCACAGACGCAACCUAUAACUGCUAUGCGUAUUGGUUUAUUGGAGCACUAAGUAACGAUCCUGCCGAGCUCUCUGUGUAUGCUGCACUUUAUCGCCUUCUCAAUGCGCUGUGUAUGGUGGUGGGAUACUCUUUGGACUACACCGGAUAUUCCAAAGAAUUCAUGUUUGGAUGUUCGUGGGCGUUCCUUGCUUUCGGCAUAAUAAGCGUCCUUCCUAUCAUCAAAUAUUGGUUGAAAGACACGAACAUGAUCGAAAUUUCGGGAGAUAUUGUUGCCACCGAAGUAUACGACGAAGUUAAGGUCCAACAUUAG